AUGACGGAAACUUAUGAUCAUCUGGAAGUCGCAGUUACUCGGGAGCAGUUAAACCACUAUCGGAAUGUGGCCGAGGCUGCCCGGAGCGAACUUGCAGCAACUCUGGUCAAAUUUGAAUCUGCUCAGUCUGAGCUUUGAGAACUGCGAUCCAAGAUGCUUUCCAAAGAAGUUUCCUUUCAAGAGUUGAAAGUUGAAAUGGAGAACUACAGAGAAAACAAUGCCAGAAAAUCGUCUCUCCUCACCUCUUUGAGAGAAGUUCAGGAGCUAGAAGAAGAAUCAGCGGCACUCUCCACUUCUAAAAUUAGAACUAAAAUCAUAGCUCAGUCUGCAAUCAAGGAGAACCAGGAGUUAAAGAAGAAAGUUGUAGAACUGGACGAGAAAUUGCAAAAAUGUUUAAAGGAAAACGAGGAGAAUAAGGAUCAAGUCUCACAGAAUUGCAGGAAACAUGAGGAAUUUCUGGCUCAACUUCACGACUGCUUAGAUCCAGGGAAGAAGAAUGAGAAGGCAUCAGAUGAAGAUUUAAUUCCAAAGCUUGGAGAGCUGUGCAAGGAAAAUGCAUUGGUGAAAGGAAAAAUUGUUACUCUUGAAGAGACUAAAAAUGUCCAUGAGAUGGAGGCAAAAGCUAGCAGAGAAACAAUCAUGAGGCCGGCUUCAGAAGUAAACAGAGAGCAGAAAAAAGCUGCCUCCUGUGUUGAAGAGAGAGACAAGCUGAACCAGGACUUGCUCAGUGCUGUAGAGGCGAAAGAAGCUCUUGAAAGGGAAGUUAAGAUCCUCCAAGAAAGGCCGCUUGCUGGCCAGCGGGUUGAGCUGAGCCUCUUGAAGAGAAGCUCUCUGGAGUUGGAGAAGAGUUUGAAGGCCAGUGUGGAUGCAGCCGCAGCCUCGCAGAGCCAGUACUCCUCAUUUAGGGAGAAAGCUGCAGCCCUCCUGAGGAGCUGCUCGGGCACGCUUAGGCCCACGGAGGAUGCCAUACUGGAGAGGAUUCUAGAAAUAGGUGGCCGGGAAGAGAGCGGGAAACGUAUGGUCUCCCAGCUUGAAGCCCACAUAUCUGAGCUUGUUGAACAUUUGGGAAGUGAGUCUGGGUUUCACCAGAGAGCUCUACAGAGAGCCCAGAAAGCAGAAAACAAGUUGGAGACCCAUCAGGGUCAGCUGACACACCUGGAGGGAGAGCUGGUCUCUGGAGAUGUUUUGCGAGACAACUUGAAUCUGGAGAAGCAAAAAUAUCUUAAAUUUCUGGACCAGCUUUCAGAGAAAAUGAAGUUGGACCAGAUGGCUGCUGAACUUGGCUUCGACAUGCGUCUGGGUGUAGUUUUAGCCCGUACAGAGCAAUUGGUCCGCCUCGACAGCGCAGUCAUUGAAAACAAGACGGUCGCCUACAGUUUACAGAGAAAGCUAAAGACUCAGAAAGAAAGACUGGAGAGCAAAGAGCUGCACAUGAACCUCCUCCGGCAAAAAAUAGCCCAGCUGGAGGAGGAGAAGCAGGUGCAUUCGGCAUCGGCUGCGGAGAGGGACGAGGCCAAUGACACCAUCAGGAAGUUGCAGAAGAAGGUGGAGAGGCUGCAGAAGGAUCUGAGUGUGUGUCGAGAAUUGAACACUGAGCUCAAAGCCAAACUGGCUGACACCAGUGAGCUUAAGAUUAAAACUUUGGAACAGACCAAAGCCAUUGAAGACCUAAAUAAAUCCAGAGACAAACUGGAAAAGAUGAAGGAGAAAGCUGAGGAAAAGCUACUGUCUGUCAAAUCAGAAUUGGAGACUACAGAGCAUGGAACUAAGGCGAGUGAAGAGAGGGCCAGGAACAUGCUAGAAGUGGUAACCAGUGAAAUGAAGACAUUAAAACAAUCUCUGGAAGCAGAAAAGAGAGAAAAGCAGCUGGUGGACUUCAGGGAGGUUGUUUCUCAAAUGUUGGGCUUGAACAUGACCAGUCUCACUCUUCCUGACUAUGAAAUCAUCAAAUAUCUUGAAAGACUGAUCCAUUCACACCAGCAUCACUUUGUCACCUGUGCCUGCCUCAAAGAUGUGACCACAAGGCAAGAUGGACACCCACAAGGCCACUUACAACUUCUUCAGUGAACACCAUAUCUCUUGAGGGAGGUAGAGAUGAGAGAUAGGACAGAGUUCUCAAUUUCUCAAAUUCCCCAAACCUUUGAAGUUUGAUCUGUGUGUGAAUAUCGUAUACUUUGAUGACAGAGCAAGACUCAACCAUGGGCAAAAAAGGAUCUCAAAGGUGCCAGCCUUAGGUAAAUGUUUGGCACUAAAAACACCUAUUAUUUUAUUUGCUAGCACUUUGGGACACAGAUGACUUUCACUAGAUUGUGUAUCUAGAAUGGGAAAUGACGGUAGGGAAUUAACAAUUAUGGGGUUUCUAUUGUGAGUCAGGAGUUCUACUACCCAGUUUAAUUCUCAUAAUAACCAUGUGGAGAAACUUUAAUGUUUUUAUUUUACAACCUCUCUGGGGCUUAAGAGGUGAUCUUGGUUACCUACCUAUGAUUGUAGUUAGUUAGUGACACUAGAAUGAACACCAGGUUGGCUCGGUAUCAAAGACUGCACCUUCUCUGUUGUUUCACAGUCCUACUGUUUCUCCUGAAUUCCUGCGAUUCUGGUGGAAAUUGCCUUCAUCACAAAGGAAGGAAAACAUCUGUACAAUCAAGGACUGGAGUCCAAAAGUGACUGAGAUUUAUGAGUGUAACCCACAUGAUUUCUUUAAAAAGCCAUACACCUAAUUAUGUGGAUGAAACAUACAUAGAUCUGAGGUCCUAUAAAAUGGUCCUCUUUUAAAUAAAUGUUGCUACCAGGUCAUAUUUGGUGGUAAUCAUUAAUGUUUGAACAGAGCCGAGCUCAGUACUUUAAAAAUGAAAGCUUUAACAUGAAAUACUGGUAAGAUGAAGAAAUUGUAUACAGUUUAUUCACCAAUAUAUCAAAUGUCCUGACAGCAGGGAUACUUUUUCAGGAUCGAGAUUUUAUAGUGAAUUUCUAUCGUUUUCUGUCUCCCUUUUAAAUUUCUAUUUCACAAAUAUUUUUCAGGAAACCAUAUUCUUAACUUCCCAAGAAAAACCUGUUUCUCUUUUGGGUGAUUGUCUUAUUUCCAUUGAUGCCAUAAGAAAAAAUUUUAUAGUCCCUUAAAAGAACAUUAGUAUCUAAUUAAAGGAGAAGGAAAAAAUAGAUUACACCCAAACAUGAAGAGAAAAUGAAAACUCUAGCAGAAAGGAGGUGAGUUUGACACAGUUUGGAUGACAGCUGACGUAGAGGGAGAGUGACCAAGGGUCUCCGCUGCGGGGUGGAUCGUCUCUGCCUGGCUUUCUCUGUCGUGUGCAUUUUGCUGCUGCACAGCCCUGACUUACGACAUGAACGAGAUCUGCAACAGUAGGGGAGGUAGCCACGUAUUCUCCCCAGGGAAGGUCUGUGGUCUCUGGAGAUCCCUCCACAUGCUCCAAAGAUGUAGUGGCUGCUGCUCCAGACCCACAUUCACCUGGAGUGGAGGAGGCGACUUCGCUCUUCUGGUCUCUGGGGGAUAGAACUGCUGAGUGACUCUGCUCCGUCCAGGCCACA